CACUCUCUUCUCUCUCUCUCUCUCUCUCUCUCUCUCUCGUACCCGCGUCCCUUCUCUCUCUAGAUUUCUCUUCCAGUCGAAAUCACAAUCUCUGCAACCUCACUUACUCUAUAUCGAUAAUCUGGUCACGUGCUUUCGCUGUGGUCUUUUUCAGUUUGAUCUCCGGAUACCGGCCGGAAAAUGCUUCCGGAAGUUCCGGCGAGUUCGACUGAGUCGUCAGUGCGCUAUCUUCUCCUACUGGGAUCUAGUGUUUGAUAUUUUGCUACGAUUUCUUCUCGGAUAUCCUUUACCAUUGGGUUCAGCAAAUGUUGAAGCCUAUACUAAGAUGAGCCUCCCUAAAGCAUCAAAGCCAAAACCUCCACUUGUUCCUCUCGCUGCCCUGAUUGGUAGGGAGCUUAGGGGCGAGAAAGACGAGAAACCUUUUAUCAAGUAUUGUCAGGCUGCUCUCGCUAAGAAAGGAGAGGACUACUUUCUGAUCAAACCUGAUUGCCAGAGGAUUCCUGGUGAUCCCUCGACAUCGUUUUCAGUUUUCGCGAUUUUUGACGGGCAUAAUGGUAUUUCUGCUGCCAUAUUUGCUAAGGAACAUCUGCUGGAUAAUGUCUUGAGUGCGAUCCCUCAAGGUGUGUCUCGGGAUGAGUGGCUUAAAGCUCUUCCCCGGGCUCUGGUUGCAGGCUUUGUUAAAACCGACAUAGAAUUUCAGCAGAAAGGGGAAACUUCUGGAACAACAGUAACAUUUGUUCUGAUUGAUGGUUGGACUAUAACUGUUGCCUCGGUUGGAGACUCUCGAUGCAUAUUGGACACCCAAGGUGGUGUGGUUUCUCUACUGACCGUUGAUCACAGGUUAGAGGAGAAUGUCGAAGAGAGAGAUCGUGUUACUGCAAGUGGUGGUGAGGUCGGGAGGCUCAAUGUCUUUGGUGGAAAUGGGGUUGGUCCACUUCGUUGCUGGCCUGGUGGCUUGUGUCUUUCAAGAUCCAUUGGUGAUACUGAUGUGGGAGAAUUCAUUGUUCCAAUACCGCAUGUUAAGCAAGUGAAAAUUUCAGAUGCUGGAGGGAGACUCAUUAUUGCUUCAGAUGGUAUCUGGGAUGCACUAUCUUCUGAUAUGGCAGCCAAAUCUUGUCGUGGUUUACCCACUGAGCUUGCCGCUAAACUUGUCGUUAAGGAAGCGUUACGGACAAGAGGAUUGAAGGAUGAUACAACCUGUCUGGUUGUGGAUCUCGUUCCUUCCGAUAAUCUUGUCUUGCCACCAACACUAACACCUAGGAAGAAGCAGAGUGCAUUCAGCUCAUUCCUCUUCGGCAAGAAACCUAAGAAUGUCAAUAACAAAACUGGAAACAAGCUCUCUGCUGUUGGAGUGGUAGAAGAAUUGUUCGAAGAAGGUUCUGCCGUACUUGCAGAAAGGUUGGGCAAGGAUAUUCCCUCGAAUACAGACACCGGACUCUUAAAGUGUGCAGUUUGUCAAGCAGAUGAGUCUCCUGCAGAAGGAUUAUCAAUCGAUGGAGGAGGGGCUCUCCUCUUGUCAGCUUCAAAGCGAUGGGAAGGGCCGUUCCUUUGCACAAACUGCAAGAAGAAGAAAGAUGCCAUGGAAGGCAAAAGACCCCAAGUCAAGCUUCGAUGAACCACCUGACCCGAAACCAAGAUCGGGAUAAGAAUCAUAGUAAAUUUGCCCGUUUCUUAUUUCAUCUGAUCUCUGGAUUCUUCCAAGGAUUCGGCGAUUGGAACAGUAGUAGCAGUAAUAGAGUGGGGGGGGGGGGGGGG